AUGGCUGGUCUUCUCGAAUUUCUCGGCGAUCGGUGUGGCCUCUUAAAGUUGACGAGUGUGCUGUUUUUGCUCAGCAAAGAUGAUGUUGAUGAUGUGCUUCGAGAAGCUGCUUCACAGCUGCUUGCUAAGGGAGAACUUGGUGGAGCCUUGGCUGUCAGAGAAGACGAGAAUCUCGACCAAGCGGAGGCUGUGGCGGAGAUGGUCCCCAAGAUCAGCGCUCUGCAGAAUCAGGCACCUGAUUGA